AACCACAAAAGAAAUGGUCUUUUUCGUCAUUUCUGUACUGAAAUAUCUACUUUGAAUUUCAUUUCAAAGCUUCCCCAGUUUUGAAAAUUCCAACUCCAUUAUUCCUCCUUCACUCGUUUGAACAGUCCAUCAUCGGACAUGGCGGUAGUGGUCGGAAACAUAGCACUAUUACUCGACGGAACUCACGUGACCACCCCACGUGCUGCUGUCGUGUUACCAGAUCGCAAAACAAGAGACGUUCUUUUGAACUUUUUUGUAAAGAAAGACCCGUAUCAGAAUCAAAGCAUGUACACUUGUAGUGGGUUUGAAAAUGAGAAAGAUAGAGUAAAUCCGAAAGUGGGUUUUAGAGGAAAAGUGAAUUCGAAAGUGGGUGCUGUGGAUUACGAGAAUUUAAGUGAUGAUGAGAAUGGAAAUGGGUUUGAGGAUGAAGGAGAAAGUGGAGAAGAGUUUGAUUGGGAGAAAGAGAUGAGGAGGAGAGUGAAGGAGAUAGAAGAGAUGAAGGAGUUGGAGAAGAAAGCCGAGGAGUUGCAGAAUCGGGUUGAUGAGGAGUUUGGUGAGGAAGGUGAAAGUAGCGAAGAGACUGAGGAAGAGAAGCGUGAGAGAGUUCGAAGAGAGCUCGAAAAGGUGGCAAAAGAGCAAUCAGAACGCAGAAAAACUGCUCAAUUAAUGUUUGAUUUGGGCCAGAAGGCUUAUGGGAAGGGCAUGUAUGGACGUGCAAUAGAGUUCCUCGAGGGUGCUCUUACUAUCAUUCCUAGACCAACCUUGUUCGGUGGAGAGAUACAAAUAUGGCUUGCUAUGGCUUAUGAAGCUAAUAACCGCCAUGCUGACUGCAUUGAUUUGUAUAAGCAAUUAGAAAGGAAACAUCCCAGUAUCAGCAUCCGACGUCAAGCUGCAGAGCUUCGCUAUAUAUUGCAAGCACCUAAGCUGAAGAUAUCUCAAGAAGAAAUGGUUACCAUACCACUAAUUGGUUCUAGCUAUGAUAGUUAUGCUGGAACAUGGACUGACAAAAACAAGGAGAAAGAUGAAAGACAAAGUCGAUCAACAACAAAUCAGCUUCCAUCAAGCAGGGACUGGUUGGGGGACUUUAUGGUGUGGAAACCAGCAGUUGGUAUGGAGAAUAGCCAAUCAUUCUGGGCAAUUUUAACAAUAUGGAUAGCUUUGGUUGGAGCUGCACUCUUUUUGCAAAAGUGAAGUUUAUACAAGUAAAAUGUUUAUUGUCUAGCUUUCUAUUCUUUAUUGGUAUAGGCUGAUGUGUAUUGCCAUUUUUAUGCCUGUUGUAUAUUACCAUUUUUAAUAUGAUUAUUAGCAAAUAUCGAUUCUGCCA